AUGGCGACCGCAGCUGCCACUCCGACCGGCCAGAGAAGCACGUGCGGCAGGAGCACACCGCUGAGUCCGACCAGGAUAACCAGACUGCAAGAGAAACAACAACUCAGGGACCUCAACGACCGCCUGGCCAUUUAUAUUGACAAAGUCCGUAGUUUGGAGUCUGAAAAUGACGUACUCCACCUUCAAAUUAGCGAGAAGGAAGAAGUGAGAAGUCGGGAGGUAACCGGACUGAAAGCCCUGUAUGAGACUGAGCUAGCCGACGCGAGAAGGUGUUUGGAUGACUCCUCUAAGGACCGGGCCUGGCUGCAGAUUGAGCUAGGAAAGAUCAAGUCCGAAAAUGAGCAGCUUCAACAGAACUACAACAAGAAGGACUCAGAGGCAGCAGGAGCCCAAGCCAGGUUGAAGGACUUGGAGGCGCAGCUGAACUCUAAAGAGGCCACGUUGGCUACAGCGCUAUCUGAGAAGAGGGGCCUGGAGGCCAUCCUGGCCGAACUGCGAGAACAGCUGCAGGAGCUGGAUACAGGUCUCACCCAGGCCAAGAAGCACCUUGCAGAUGAGAUGCUCCUGCGCGUCGACUUGGAAAACCGCUGCCAGAGUCUGACUGAGGAAAUGGACUUCCGUAAGAGCAUGCAUGAGGAGGAAGUGAAGGAGGCCCGGCAGCGGUAUGAGAGCCGACUGGUGGAGGUCGACUCUGGACGGAAAGAGGAGUAUGAAUAUAAACUAACUCAGGCCCUGGCUGACAUGAGGGCUCAGAAUGAGGAGCAGAUCAAGAUAUACAAGGACAGCAUGGAGAGCACCUACCUGGCCAAAUUGGAGGACCUGCGUCGUUUGUCUGAGAUGAAUGGAGCAUCAGCCAACAUGGCCCGGGAGGAGCUUAGAGAGUCCACCCUGAGGAUUGAGGGCCUCACUGCCCAGCUGGCAGGACUGCAGAAGGAGACUCGUGGUUGGCGUGAUCGUAUAGCGGAGCUGGAGGCAGCAUUGGGUCAGGAGAAAGACACAAGCCGCAAGCUGCUGGCAGACAAAGACCGCGAGGUGGCUGAGAUCCAGGCCAAGAUGCAACAACAGUUAAACGAGUAUGAGCAACUGCUGGAUGUUAAACUGGCUCUUGACAUGGAGAUCAACGCCUAUCGAAAGCUUCUGGAGGGAGAAGAAGAAAGACUGAAGCUGUCUCCCAGUCCUUCAUCUCGCGUCACGGUGUCUAGAGCCUCUUCCAGCAGCCGCAGCGUGCGGACCACUCAGGGAAAGAGAAAGCGUGUUGAUGUGGAGGAACAGGAAGCCAGCAGCUCGGUGUCCAUUGCUCACUCUGCCUCGGCCACCGGACCCAUCUGCAUCGACGAGAUAGACACCGAUGGCAAGUUCAUUUGCCUCCACAACAGUGGAGAUGAGGACCAGGCCAUGGUGGGUUAUGAGAUGAUUAAGACAACUGGCAAUGCUACAUCCACCUACAAGUUCACACCCAAAUAUAUUCUGAAGGCGGGCCACAAAGUCAUGGUGUGGGCAUCUGAUGCUGGUGUGAGCUCAAAGCCUCCCACAGACCUGGUUUGGAAGAACCAAUCCUCCUGGGGUUCAAUGGAGGAUGUCCACGUGGUGCUGAUCAACCCUCAGGGAGAGGAGGUCGCAAAGAGAACCACGACAUACAAGACAGCAGUAGAAGAAGAGCAGGGUGAGGAGGAGGAGGAUGAUAAUGGAGUGGAGGCCAUUGAGGAAGACCUCUUCCACCAACAGGGAGACCCUCGCACUGCCAAGAGAGGCUGCUCUAUCAUGUGAUCGUACUGCUCCAACCUGGCGCCGCCGCCACCACCUCCUCUGAGCCCAGCGAGUUUGCUGCCAACUGAUAUUACUAGAACUAUUUUUCUAUCUUUUGUAGUGUAUUUCAAUAAAAUGUUAAAUUUUUAUUUUAUCUUUUUCUUUCUCAUAAAGAUACAAAACUGAUUUUGGUAGAUGUAUUUUUAUCUGAGAAACGAAAAACUAACAUGGUUAUUGAACAAAGUUUGUAUUUUUAUUUCAGACCCUUUUUUUUUUUUUUUUUUUUUAAAUCUUUUUAAACCAUGCAGCAUAUAGCUUAAACCCAAGGACAUACUUUUUUUUAAGGAAGCAAUGAGUCAUGUACCAUGCAAUUUUUAAAAUAUAUUUCAAUUUUGUUACUUUUUAUUUUAUCUUAAUUUUAUUGUUGAUACUAUACUUAAGGCCUUUGAAUUACAAGAACAGCCACAAGAUGUCAGUAAUUAGUUUAUAUCAUUGGCUGGUUUAACUCAGUUUUUCAGUUUGCUAAAAAGCUAAGGUAUGAUUUGGAGAAAAAAAACUUUGAAAAAAUAUACACUGAAAGGACAAGUACACUAAAAGUUCUGCAGUAACAGGAGUUAAUAAAUUACUUCCUCCCAUCAGUCUGGACCUUGAGUGGACAGAAUGUCAGCCUUACAUAAUUUGGAAACCUCUGUUCAAUGGCAUUCUUCUAGCAUCUUUAGAAAAACACCUGAAUACUGUGAUUGUAUGAUUGUAUUCAUAAGGAAGUCAGAGGAAAGUUGAAGUUUGUUAGCAGUUGCUGAGUUACCUUAAAGCCCUCUGUGUUUAAGAUUUGAAACUGUGGGUUUGCUGACUCGUGGUAUUAAUAUGAAAAAGAUCUGAGCUGGAGACACUACAAAAAAUGGACUGAGACCAGGACAUUUCAUUUCUAUAUAAAGACAAACUUUUGCCAUCAGAAGAAUUUGAAAGAUGUUAUAAUCACAUUCUACACACAGGGGUUUUAAUGUGAUGGACUUCAGCGAACACGAGUUUCUCUUUACUGACUUUGAAUAAGCGUUGGACCACUAAUUAAGAAGUAUUGAUUGUAUUCUUAAUUUAUGACAUUUUAAGUGUUUGAUGUGUGUUACUAUGCAUGCUGUGGCUGUAAUCUUCAUAGUUGUAUGAUUAAAUGUUUUCUUGUAAUUGUGUUUUACUUUUUCAAAUGCCAUUAAAUCAGUCAAGAAGUCAGCAAAAAUAAUGAUGGUAACUCACAAAAAUAAAUGUUUAUAUCCUG